AUGAUGGAUGACCUGACAGCAAACAAGAGCCACAUACCCUGUCAGUCUUGGGUUGGCCAGAAUGGCUGGUCUGUGGCUUCAACCCAAGGACCCCCCCUUAACCCUCUGUCCAGCUCUCAGCAUCUCAGCCUGGGCUCAUCUAACCAGAGGUCAUCCUACAACCACCUGCAGGUGUCCAAUCAGAGCUGCAUGAGAGACCUCAGUACCCUAUCAACUAGAGGCAACCCUCAUCAGCCUGACCUGUACAAAGCCCCUCAAGCUGGCAGCAAUCCAUCAUCAGGCACGCUGUUUGCCAGCACCACUAUCCCCAGUGUAUCUCAGAUGAAUCCGUUUGCCCAAGAAAUCCCUCACACUUCACCAACGCUACUCUCAGUAAACCAAGGAAAGAAUAUCCCCUCACUGUCUCUUGCUGAAAGAAACCAAGUACAACAACAUUUAUCACUCCUCCCACCACAAGAUCCCUUCAAGGUGUCAUUUCAACCUCAAACUAACAGCCAGGGAUUACCAAAUGGACUUCAAAACCUGCCCAUCAGCCUCCCAUCAUGUGGCCAGCGUGUAAGUACACUUCAGGCUUCUUUUGAGGAAGAGAAUGUGGAGUUUGCUGGUGUUGCUGGAUGCACUCACAGCUAUUCCUCAUCCACCUCUCAGGAGCAGUGCCAGUGGACUCCUCCAUCACUGGGCAGGGGUAAGCUGUGCUUUAAUAUCUUUACAGCACAAUGCCAUGUUAGUCUUUAACAGGGAGAUGACAAAGCUGUCGAUUUUGAUUGGGAUUUGAUUGAUUUUGUCUUAACACCUGAAUGUGAAGCACUUUGAGCUCGUUUGCUGUAUCAGUCUGGUGUUUAAGGCUGAAUUUGACUCAUCAAAUUCAACAUCCUGAUUUUAGAACUUAGUCUCACUUUUUAGAUCUUAACCAAGCUUAAUAAAUUUGGGAAGUUUACUUACACCUUUCAGAACUUCUUUAAAGUUUAGCACAUGUAGUCAGAUGGAUAACUUUCAUAGUAAAUACUACUAUUCAGUAUUUAGACCCCCCUCAGGGCAGGAAAAAGAAAUCUGCCAAAAAAAUUAAGAAAAUCACAAAUACACUGCAUUAGUCAAUGCAGUGCAUUGCUGUGUGUGUGUGUAUUCAACACUUAAAAGCUUUUAGGACAGGUUGCAAAUAUCACCCAAGCAAAAAAGAAAAAGCACUCUAUAGGUUCACCAGUGGUUGAAACAGGUAGAGCAAUCUAAACUGAAUAAUAGAUAGAUUUUCCCAAAACUUUUCUCCUUCUUUUUCAACUUUUCCUCAGGAGUUGUGAACAGGUCUGUCCCUGGUGCAGCUGCUCAUCCGAACAGAGCGCAAUUGCAAGAGGGAAACAACAAUCCAGCGGUGAGGAGUUCAGCUGCAUCUGACUUGAUUGGAUGAAAGUUUGAUUCUUUGUUGGUCUGUUUCUGCACAUAUCCCUGCAAACCCCUGCGUGACUUACAGCUGCUUAUUCCUUUGCUCUUUGUUUUACCUUUUUAAUGACUGAUUUGUAUCUCCUUUCAGUUCAACAAUGAGAGUCAGCGUUUGACUCUUUUAAAUCAGCGUGCUCAGCUCCUUCAGCAGCUGGCAGAGCUGGAUAAAACUGUAAGUUUAUCAAAGCAAUUUAUUAUCUGAAGGUCCUUGUAAUUUUUCAACGGAAAAGCUUUCUAGUAAAAUAAUGAUAAUCCUCGAAUAAAAGUUCGAUACACGUGAAAAGUGAGUUCAACAACCUUUUAAAAUUCCCUUUGUGUCCCUGUUCAGCUGGAAUCAAUGCCUCCAGAGGACAGCAGUGAUGGUCAGUCUCCUCACGCAGCUAGUCAGGUAGGUGAAGGUUUCCAGAUGCUGCUCUUGAAUUUGGGACUGAUGCAAAAUUUGUUAUUGUUAGUAAAUGUUACCCCCUAACGGAAUACGAUUGUCUUUUUAAGCCUCCUCCAGCAAUGGAAGAAUCAUCCCAGUGUGAACAAACUAAGACCAGUAAUGCUCAGCAGGAUCAGCGUCUUACAGCAAAGUCAGAGGUAGACAUCGGCUUCUUCCAUUUAUCAGGUUUUCCUUUACAAAGAUUUUUCUGACUUCAAGUGGGUUUCGAUUGGGGGAAAAAAAAAGUUGCAAAAAAAAAGUUUUUCUGCCACUUCUACUAAAAUUACAAUCACAUAAAUAAUGAAAAGAAUCAUUUGAAUUGUUUUAAUAAGAAACAUUUGUUGAUACUUUUGUUUUAAAAAACUUUGUAUUUACCAGUUUAAUUAAUAUUCUGGGUUUUAUACUUUCAAAAAAUUGCUAGUGGAGAGAACAAAUGUUAAUUCUGUGUCGCUGAAUAAAUCCAGAUUGCUUUUUAGGAGGGGAGAAUAAACAGGAAGAAAAUGGAGCAUUUUUGUUCGAGCACAUAAAAAAUAAGAGUAAUAAAUGACUUCUGCUGCAGUCUGAUGGCGUAUCCUAACAGCACUUUGUUGUCUUUUCAGAAAAAAGAACACGUCUCUGCAGAGUCAGAGGAUGAAGGUAAUCCUGACGAUCCUGCGAGUGAUGAUGACUUCUCUGCAUUUAUACCUGACCCUGCAGGGUUCUCUUCGGAUGACUCCGGUCACAGCCGUCCCUCUACCCCAGUUGAGGAAAAACCUGUUCUCAAAGAGGAAGAGCCCAACAAACUGGGGAGUUCUUUGUUUAAGGACAUGGAUGUUGGUACUCCAGUCAAGUCGAGUGCAUUUUCUUGGAAGAAGUCCUCUAAAGUUGCAGUGGCAGCAAUUCAGAACCCUAAAGAGAAAAAAGUUUAUAGAAAAAAGAAUUAUUGCCCUUUUUGCACCAAGUCAGUUAGUAAAAUGGCACGACACUUCGAGGCUAUCCACAGUGAUCAACCAGAGGUUGCAGUUGCAUUUCAGUAUCCUAAACUGUCCAAAGAACGACAGAAGAUUUGGAAUAGACUGGUAAAUCAAGGGAACUUUGCUCACAACAAAACUGUCUUGAAGACAGGAAAGGGUCAACUCACUGCCAAGAAACGGCCAGUUUUGACGGGUCAAGCGCAAGACUUUCUUCACUGUCUCUACUGCAGGGGUCUUUUUGCAAAGAAAUGUUUGCGCAGGCAUGUGAGGUCUUGCUCAGAGAGAGUGAAGAAUGAAGAUGAGUCUGAGGUGGGAAGAAGACGUUAUGCGUCUCUAUGUGCGAUGGAAGCCUCAGAAGACCUCGGCAUAACUGAGGGCUUGAAAAGUAUUCUGAGUGUAAUGACAUACGAUGAAGUGACACGAGCGGUUAUGGAUGAUCCCAUUAUCCUGCAGUUAGGUGAGCUCUUUUUUAAGCAGCAUGGAUCUGAUGAAAGAAGGCAUGAGUACAUCAGGCAAAACCUCCGUCAGGUGGCGAGACUGGUACUUGAAGCUCAAAAAACAAGCCCUCUAAAAAAACUGGAGGACUUCUUUGUGCCCUCAAACUUCCCGUGCAUAGUGGCCUCAGUGAAAGUCCUAGCUGGCUACGAUCCAGAAAGUAAAACAUACAAAGCACCCUCUCUUGCCGUCAAGCUUGGCUACAGCAUACAGAAAGCAUGUGCAAUCGUCGAGGGAAACGCAGCAAAACAUGGUGAUGAACGCGUGGCAGAAUCUGCACGUGAAUUCCUGACGGUGUACCAGGAAAAGUGGACAGAGCUCAUCUCUUCGGGUGCGUUGAAAAUGCUCAGAAAAAAAAAACUUCAGAGAGACCAGAGGGUGCCGUCUGCCAGAGAUGUGAAGCUCCUACACGCCCAUUUGGAAAAAGUUCAUGAUGUUGCAGAGAAAAAACUCAGAACGAGCCCUUCUACAGAAAACUACAGCACUCUGACGAAAAUAAUGCUUGCACGAACAAUACUCUUCAACAGGAGAUGUGCUAGAGAGGUUUCAUUCGUGGAACUUAAAGAUUUUAUGUCUCGGAAAAAGUCAAGCCUGCAAUCUGGCAUGGAUGUGUCUGUCUCAGAUUUGGAAAGACUCAUGUGUGGGUACUUCACCAGAAUUGACAUUCGAGGGAAGUGUGGGAGAACAGUCCCAAUAUUUCUAAAGCCGUCAUUUGUGUCAGCUUUGGAGCUCAUUGUGGAAGUCCGCGAGGCGUGUGGAGUCCCCAAGAAAAAUCCCUACCUGUUUGGCCGACCUCACGGACUGUCAGCACAGCAUGGGACAGACUGCAUCCAGAGAUACGCAAAAGCCUGUGGAGCUGAAGACCCUGAAGCACUGAGAUCCAAAACGAUCAGGAAGCAUUAUGCAGAAAUGCUACAGAUAAUGAACAUGGAUGAAAAUGAGGCCAGAGAAAUUUUAGGCCCGGAUGGUCACGAACGAACCCUGCAACAGGACACUGACAUGCAUGUUGAUGUCCAAAUGCAGUCCAAUGGUAAGAAUUUUUUCUUUUGGUGAUUCGCCAGAGUAAAUGCAUGAACACCAGAAGGGAAUUGCAUGACUUUGCCAUAGUACCCUUUUACAGCCCCCUUUAACCGAUCAAACAACCAGGUCUUUGAUAUGGACGUCCCUCAGCAAGUACUUUUCCAGUGCUUUAAAUAGGAAUUCAAACUCAAUUUAUUUGAUAACAGACAAACACUGGGUCACAGAGUUUGCAGGUGAACAAUGUCGAGUUGCCAACCAAGUGUACUAAGUGUUAGUAGAGUUGGCAUCACAAGCCAACAAAUUUUCUUAACCAAACUAUUACCAAAACUUGCCUUGCAACGAGAUGCCAUGUGUGUUUAUUGACAUCCAAGUAGACCAAUAUAGCAUCCAGCUAGUGGCAGGUGGCUUUGCAGGAGCUUAGGCACAUAUGAUCUGCUUCUCAGGCCUACAAUACUAAAAGUAUUGAUAACUUCCGUAACUUACAAGUAACUAGGCUGAUUACGAUUAAUCAUUUGGUCAACUAAACAAGUGGCCAUCCCUGGUUAUAAACCUCACUUUCACUUGUAUUGUAAUCAACAUGGCGUGGUUAGCAGAUAUUUUUCACAUGUUUUGCUGCAAUGUGAUUCAGAGAAAUGUGUGCAAAGUUAAAAUCUUCAUUUUUAUUUAUUUUUUAUACAGAGAGAUCACAUCAAGCUGCAUCAUGGCAUCAGAACGAGUGUUCCAGUGGACCCUCAACUGCCACUCAUCAACCAGCUCAUGGAGAAGUGAGGGGCAAUAACCAGAAACCCAAACGAUCUGUCCACUCAGACAAAAAAGGUACCUAAUGUUGUUAUUAAAGUUACCUCAUUGUCUAAGUUAAAGUUAAAUGCCCAAGAAUGACAAAAAGAAAACAGUUGAUCGUGUUUUGUGGUUUGCAGUUUUUGAGAAAAAUGUGAGCAGCCUGAAGAACAUGAUUGUGUUGUCGAAAACAUUCAUUUGAAUUUAAGGACAAAGACAUGUUGACGUUUUAUGCUACUAAACCUAACUCAGAUGGAGGAGCUGCUUCACUGUUGUCUCUUCUUCCUCAGGCUCCAAAAGUAAGUGCAUCCACAGGACAUGGGAGGAAGCUGAAGUUCAGGCUGUUGAAAGACACUUGAUGCGCUUCAUUAAAAAGCACAAGGUGCCUCAGAAAGAUGACUGCGUUGAGUGUCUUGAGGCUGAGCCUGAAGCGCUGAGUACCCGCUCAUGGAAAGGUGUAAAGGACUAUGUGAGAAACAGGAUCACCGCUCUAAAAAGAACAAGCAAAACCUGA